AUGUCUGCAACAAAAAUACAGCCGACAUAUCAUGGCUACAUUGGGUCUACCAAAGAUGCUUUAUUGGUUAUACAACAGGCUUUGAACAAGCAAGUAGAGUUAGUACCCCGAAGGCCGCAAGAAAAGGAAAGACCACAUUUGAUACAGUCGGGAAACGUGUUUGUAUUCAUUGAAGAACAUUCUGGGAUUAAGAGAUGGACAGAUGGAACUGCAUGGUCGCCGUCGCGUAUCUUGGGACGCUUUUUGGUGUAUCGCGAACUAGAUAAAAACACAAAAGACGACAAAGAUGAUAAGAAAAAGAAGAAGCGGAAAACAAGCACAAGCAGUGUUGGCGCCAACAACAGCAAUAGCCAAGAACAAUUGGUUGAUCCAUUGGAUUCUCAAAGACGAACACCCCCUUUACAAGCACUACAACUGUUACAUCCACUACCUCGAAGUGAAGUUAGUAUUCACCACGGUGGUCAAGAACAACAACACCACAUCCAACCACACCAACACCAACAACAACUGCUUUCGCUGUAUCCACAAAGCAUGAUCCCAGCAAACUCCAUUCCUGCUGCUAACGCAUAUGGGAAUUCCAAUACUACUGAUUACCAGAAAAGCUUGCUUAGUGGUCCGUUGGUGACUUCGUAUGUAUUCAAAGACCAAGGCUUGAUUAAAAAGACAUUGUCGCUCACUACAAAGACAAAAGCUUUAAACUUGCAUGGCCGAGACGAGAAGCAAACAGUUCAUUUGAUCAGUUAUUAUAAUGCACAGGAAGUUAUGAAUGGGAAACUUCAACGUCCUUCAGAGUCGGAUUAUAGGAAUGUGCAGAUAUCUCCGGCAUUGUGGAAUGCAGUAAAGGACAGUUCAUUGGGUGGUAAAGUACCCAUUGAAGAUGAGGCAUUCUACUUUCUUGAUAAUAAUUAUCAGUUGCAGAACAUGUCUUCGAUGCAGCCACCAAUGCCAUCAACACUACCAACAUCUGUGGGUAAUAGUGCCGACUAUUUCAGUCAAAAGCAAGGAUAUAAUAGAUUCAAUCAGAGUUUGCUACUGCAGCCUCAAUAUCAUGCACCACCUCAAAAUCCAAAUCAACAACCGCAACAACUUCUGCUAUACCAGCAACAACAGCAACAAAUGCAUCAGCGCCAAGGCUCGCCGCAAUAUUUUGCUAAUGAAACUCAGCUGAUAAAGAGAGAAGACGACAAUAGCGGAGAUGUGAAUUUUAUCAAUCCAUUUGGGAACCAUCAACAAAAUACAGGAGGCAACGGGUACCCUUUUAAUAACACAACAGCGCACAAUCACAAUCCCUAUUUUGUACACGGCCAGCACCAACUACAGCAGCAACAAGUGCUACAACAACAACAACAACAUAAUCAUCAUCAUCAUCAAAACCAGCGGCAGCAACAGCAACAGCAGCCGCAUUUGCCACCACACGGUCCAUCACAGUUUUCCAGCUCAAACCAGAUUCCACAACAACCACAGUUCAACCAGUUUGUUCAACCUAAUUUUCAACCUCCGGUAGGGUCGCAUACUCAAGAUAUAUAUCAAACUCAUUACCAACCACAACAGUACAAUGUACAAAACCAAGCACCUAUUCUGGCUGUCCCUACACCGAUGCCUCAAGGGCAACCAAAUCAUUCACUCCAAUACGGUUCUAUUGGCUCAACAUCCACAUCCACCUCAUCAUCAGAUCACUACCCACAUGGAACAUCAGUCAGCUCAGCUGGUAGUGGUGGUCCGAUUCAGCACUCAGGAUCUAUCGGCACAAGCAUGAGUGGUGCUCCGACUCUCGGAUCAAGUGCUAGCAGCAUACCCACUGUAAGUAGUGCAGGUACUUCUAUAUCUGGAAGCAAUCGGAAAUUGAGCCAUUUCAAUUCUAGUAGCUCGGGUAAAAUUCCAACAACUUCGACCCUUGCGCAUUCAAAUAGUUUUGGUGGUGCAGGCAGUGUUAGCGGUGCUGGGAUUGGUACAGGUAACAAUGCCGGAAAUAACUGGUUCGGCAACAAUUCUGCUGGGUCAAUUCCGACUAUUAGCGAAGGGUUCUCUAAUCAAGCAACUCCUGCUCCAAAUGCUUUGAACUCUGGAACAAGCAGCAUUGGUGAUUUAAACUCUUCAUCAACGUCCAUUGUACCAAGUGUUGCUCAAAAUCAAAAUUCGCAACAUGACUCGCAGUUGGCACACUCUCAUCAAGUAGGAGGGAACAAUGCGUAUCCCCCACGCCAGCCACACCACCAACAACAAGGUCACAAUCAGACAAUAUAUACUUCAGCUUCUUCAUUGCCACCUCAACAGCAAAAAUGGACCGGUGGUUUUAAUGCUCCACCACCUGCACCUCCUCGACCACCACUGCAUUUGCCUCUGCUGCUGCUGCUACAACAACAACAACAACAACAUCAAUACCAGAAUCAGCCACCGUCAUCUGCAGCAGGAACUGCACCAAACCACCAGUCGCCUGAUACAGUUGGCGUGGCAGCAAAUGCAAGUGCGGGUGGUUUGCUGAGACCUAUAGCAAGUGAGCCCAAUGGCGCAAGCAGUGGCUCAUAUUUUCCAAGCACGUAA